GGAACAAAGUCAGUAACUCAAAACGAAGCUAAUGUCAGAAGCGUUGAAGAGAGAUUACCAACUGUGCGAGGAGAUCGGUCGGGGACGAUUCGGCACUGUUUUCCGGUGCUUUUCCCCCGUCGCUGCAGAAUUUUUCGCCUGCAAAUCCAUCAACAAGCGAGCUCUAUCCGACCCCGUCGACCGGGAGUGUCUGGAGAAGGAGCCCAAGGUGAUGUCUUUACUCGCUCCUCACCCUCACAUUCUUCAGAUCGUCGGGGUCUAUGAAGAUGAAGCCAGUCUUCACAUGGUCAUGGAGCUCUGUGAUUCCUCCGAUCUUUUCGCUCGAAUCAACAAUCAAGGGUUCUUUCAUGAAUCGGAGGCGGCUUCUGUGAUGAAGCCGUUGCUGGAGGCUAUCGCGCAUUGUCACCGUAACGGCGUCGCUCACCGGGAUAUCAAGCCGGAUAAUGUGAUGUUUGACUCGCGGCAGAGGCUGAAACUGGCAGAUUUUGGGUCAGCGGAGUGGUGCGGAGAGGGAAGGGGGAUGAAAGGAGUGGUCGGCACGCCGUACUAUGUGGCGCCGGAAGUGCUUUCCGGCAUUGAGUACACUGAGAAAGUGGACGUGUGGAGCGCCGGAGUGAUUUUGUACGUAAUGUUGGCGGGAGUUCCUCCUUUUUACGGCGACUCCGCGGCGGAGAUAUUCGAGGCGGUUCUGAGGGGUAAUUUGAGGUUUCCGACGAGAAUCUUCAGGACGGUGUCACCGGCGGCGAAAGAUUUGCUCAGGAAGAUGAUCUGUAAGGAUGUUUCAAGGCGAUUGUCGGCGGAACAGGCACUGAGACACCCAUGGAUCACAAACGGAGGAGAGAUCUGAAGUUGUGAACUCAAACUCAAACGGUCAAACCAAGCUUUGUAUGUUGUACAUAUACACCGUCCCCUGGUUUCGGAGAGAGACAAAAACCCAGUCAGUCUACAUGAGGGUUUUUUUUCUUUUUUCUUUUUUCUUUUUUUCUUUUUUACCUGAGAAAAUGUAAUGCAGAGCGAAUGAUAAUGAGGCUGUAUAUAUGAACGGGACUAGAAUAAAGUUCAUAUUUUGUGAAUUAGAAAUAAGAAUCUUUUUUCCCUUGCAAGCCUUCUGCAA